CUUUUUUUUAUUUAUUUAUUUCUUCUUCCCAUAAUGUCUGAAAAGCGCCUGCAACAACCCGAAGCAUUAAAUCCUUUAGCUAUUGCUAAACUGUUGGGCCCUUCCAACCCUAAGCUUGAUCAUUUGAUCAGAUUUUUAAACUCUGUUCGAGGAACGGAUAAAGUAUUGAUGUUUAUUCAAUAUUGGUCUAAAGUGAUUAUUUGGUUCCUUCAACGCCGUUCCCCCGCAGUAAAGACAGCUAGUUCAGCCAUUUCACUCAUUCAACGUAUCCAAAACUUUUCAGGACCUGUUAGCGAUUUCAGAAUUUUAUUGCGUUACUAUGGUUUAUUACCCAUGGUUCAAUACAUGAAUUAUAUCGAAUAUAACCAACCCGCCAGCAAACUCUCCUUGACGAUCGAACGUCUCCAAAACUGGUCAAACAUCAUUUAUUAUCCAUUGGAACAUAUUUAUUGGUUGGGUGCUCAUCAAGUCAUCCCUAUCAGUGAGGAAAAGACAAAUAAGAUUGGUAUGUGGAGUUGUCGUUUCUGGGCAGCAUAUGUUAUUUUGGAAUAUGGCCGUUUAGGAGAACAAUAUAGAAACUUGAAGAAGAGAGAAACAGGAUUAUUAAAGCGUAUCAAGGCUGGAGAUAUUGAAACUGAUGAGGAUCCUGAAGCUGAGAUGGCAUCUAUCAAGGCUGAAAGAACAAGUAUGAUUGUGAAUACUUGUAUUAACACUGGCUAUUUACCAUUGACAAUUCAUUGGUCACUUGAAAGAUCAAGUUUCCCUGAUGUUUUGGUUGGAGUAUUUGGUGGUUUUGCCUCAGUGUUCCAAAUUUAUUCAGCAUGGAAUGCAGCUGCUUAAUAAACACUAUAUAUACGCAUACAGUGCAUGUUGCAUUUUUUGAAAAUAAAAUGGAACAUUCAACCAGUAAAAUUAAACUAAGGCUUGAAGUGGAAACAAAUGUAUCAAUCGUAGUUACACAACAACUUUUACAAGUGACAUUUGUUUGAUUUUUUUGGUCGAAGUCUAUCUGCAUGUCUUGAAAUUUAAAAGUCUAGAGUACACGAGUAUAUGAAAGACGAAUGCAACAUCUUUUUAAACGAUGUCACAUUUCCUUUCAUUAUUUCGUAACGAUGAAAACAAUUUAGAAGAGAGAUUGCAGUGGGUGCAAAACUGGAUCAAUUUUACAAAAUAUUGUGCAUUUAUCAACAAGUUCAACACGAGCC